GUAGCAACGUUCAUUAGCACACUUUUAGCACUUUGUUAUAUAACUUUUGUGGAUAAUGAAGUGAUUGAAAAUGCUGCAUUACGCACCUUGUAAUGAAACGUUUGGUUACUGAAGUGUUUAAAAAUGCUGCUUAAAUGUGUGUGUAUGUAUAUACACUAAACUAUAAAAAGAAUACAUAUUUUUAGAACACCAUUCAAAAUAAAUGUUUCAGUUUCGGAUGAACUGUUCCUUUAAGAGACUUGAGUUUAUAACGGUGCACAGGAAUGUGGAGAAUCCAUCUCUAGGGUCUCUCAGAAUCAUAUGACUGAAAUAUUGUUGGCUGGACUCAUGAACGCGCUUUAUUCACUUCUUAGAGAAGAAACAAGCGAAGAUAUCGCAGCAGCAUCAUUUAUCACAGAACCACGUCACUCUCAAACUUUUGAUGAAAACCUGAGCCAGCGAGAUUCAAGCCUCUUCUUUUUUUCUUCCUGGAGGAUAUCUGGGUCGGCGGGGAGAGAUGCAGACGGGAUUUAAAUUAAAUUUGACCCCCGUUAAAGAGCCUCUGGGUUUUGUGAAAGUCGUGGAGUGGCUCGCGGCUGUGCUUGCAUUCGGGUCCUGUGGAGGAUAUACUGGCAGAAAUUUGGUUUCCAUCUUCUGCGGCGGAAGCACUAAUGAAACCCUCAGUGCCACUUUCACCUACCCUUUCAGGUUAAACCAGGAGCUGCUGGUGGAGAACAACACCACUCUUUGCAAUUGCACAGUUCCUGCAACCCAUCUUGUGGGAGACUCGUCGUCCUCGGUGGAGUUUUUCGUGGCUGAGGCCGUCUUGGCUUUCCUCUAUUCAAUGGUGGCUCUGCUGGUCUAUCUGGGCUACAUGCAUGUGUACAGAGACUCAGACUUCGGCCCUAUGUUUGAUUUCGUGCUGACAGCAAUCUUUGCGUUCCUGUGGCUGGUGUGCUCGUCUGCCUGGGCUCGAGGUCUGCAGACGGUGAAGGACGCCACUGGUACGGCUGGCAUUGAAUCCACUCUGGCGCUCUGUAUGGACAGAGAUGUCAAAUGUGAAGUCACUGAGUUCGCCAGCAUGCGCUCGCUCAAUAUAUCUGUGAUAUUUGGUUUCUUGAGUCUCAUCAUAUGGGCUGGGAACACCUGGUUUGUGUAUAAGGAGACGAGCUGGCACUCUCAGAAGGUCAACGCUCAACAAGCAGCAGGACGGGGUCCAAAUCCAGCACCCAUCUAAACAAUUACCCCCAAAGCCCACCGUAGUCUUUAUGAAAAACACAGUAACAGUUUAUGCUUUACGCAGUUUGUCUAUAAGGACAAUAAUCAUAUGACUGCCGUGUUAAUUUGUGAGAUUUCUCUCUUCUCCUUCUCUGUUUUAUAUCUUUUGAUUUCUUGCAUACUUGAAGAAAAUAUAUUUUUUUUUUUACCUUGGUCACAUUUUAUUAGCAUGCUUUUUUAUUUUUUUUUACUUUUAAUGGAAAUACAACAGGUUUUGCAAAUGUACUAUUACAAUAUAUUUUACUUUUGUGAUCUAUUUUUAUUGUCAAAUCAGUUUUGUUUUUUGCAUUAAAAAAAAAAACAGUUUCUUCUUUCUUACCCAAUUCCUUGUUGCGUUUAUAUUAUCUAUGACAUUUUUAUUCAGUAUAUUAAGCUUUGGUAGCAUUUUUAAUGGUGCUGGAGUUUUGUUUUGGAAGGUUUUCUCUCUUUUCUUUAGGGAAGCAUUGUUCUCCUUCCACUGAAAUGUCAUUUUUGGUGAAUAAAACUGACUGUGAAGUGCACUUGGUAGUGUUUGUAUACAUGCAGGACUUUGUGCUUCUGGGGAGAAAGUGUGAUUUCUUACUCAGAUAAAUCCUGGCUUCCUUCUGGUAUAAUGGCACUUUUGUUAAAUCAGCAUUUGUCAAAAGAACAAACAAAACAUUAUCUGUAAUUGUUGCGUUACAGCGCCACCUGCUGGCGAUGAUGAGACGAUGACUUUCUCAUGACAGCUGCUUGUGUAACGAUUCGUC